AGAUAAGCAGCUGGUCCAAUACACAUCAUGCCCCCUACUGGCCUUCCUGGACGGCUGCCUCCCUCAUGCAGAGCAGGACGGCAGCAGCAGCAGCAGCUCCUCCUUUAACAGCUCUCAGCUCUCCUCCAGCCCCCCCAGCUGGUUGUGGGGUGGAGCCCCCCCUUAGAGCUGCUGGACUCCAGUGUGGAGUCCAAGCCAACGGCCCGCAGCUCCCUGAUCCGUCUGGAGCCUCUGACGGAGGCGGAGGCCAGCGCCGAGACACUCUUCUACCUGUGUGAGCUGAGUCCUGCUGCAGCGGAGGGGGAGGCUCUGCAGGACAGAGUGUGAGCAGGCUCCACACCCUUAGUGGCCCCACUUCCACCUGGGGGCCACCGUGACAAGCAGCAGUUUGUACCCUGUGCACAUUUCUACAUUUUGCAUUGAAGAUAACAUUUGAGUUACAGAAGUAGGCCACAUUGCCAUCAAAAGUUAUAAUUAUAGUUUACCAAAUCUUUUAA